AUGCUUACGCUACUCUUUACUAUGAUUCAUUUGGUUGGAGUUUUCUCUAAGCAAAUGGAUGUUGAUGCAAUCAUCGUCAUGGGCGUGAGUGGAUGCGGUAAAACAACCAUAGGUACCCAGAUAGCAAAACACUUAGGAUGGACUUACAAGGAUGGAGAUGAAUUCCAUUCUGAUGCGAAUAUAACAAAAAUGAGCUCUGGCAUUCCUUUAAACGAUGAGGACCGUCGACCAUGGUUAACAGCGAUAAACGACUAUUGUAAAUCUCAUCCGAAGGUCGUUGUAGGAUGUUCUGCGUUGAAGCGAAAGUAUAGGGACAUGUUGAGAAAUGAUGUACGCUGCAAAUUCAUUUUUCUGAAUGUCAGUAGAAAAGAAUUGGAGCGCCGUCUGCAGUUGAGAAAAGAUCACUACAUGCCCAGCCAUCUUUUGGAUAGUCAACUAGCAACACUAGAGCCUCCUGGGGCAGAUGAGAAUACUCUAACAUUGAACAUUGAGAAUGAAGCUCCCAUUGAAGUCACUGAGGCUUUAAUCAAGCGACUAUAG